AUGCACGUCUCCGCCAAGCACUGGAACGAUGCAUUUGCCAUCGCGGAGCGAUACCCAAAAUUCAAAGAGACCGUCUAUCUGCCUUUUUCCGACGCCGGAUACUACAACUGGCUGCUCGGCUUCCAGUAUUUGGAUCGGGUCCACAAGAAUCCGGGGAUUUUGCCGAAGGCUCUACAAGCCCUGAACGACGCCGACGUCUACUGGGUCAUGAUCAACUACACACUGGCGAAGCUGGGGCAAGAGUUGGGAGCGUACAAGCUGGCGAGGGAGGGGCUGGAUCGGUUGACGCAGCUGAGGUUGCCGCCCAGGUACGAAAAGCUAGUGGAGGUGGCUACGGGGUCUCAAUCCCGCGAUUUUGGUGAUGAGGAGCGGGUCUGGUGGAAGGAUAUGCCAGUCUACAAAAUGCUGCUAUUCGCCCUCGACAUCAUCAUCUUCGUGAUCCUGAUCUCGUGCUGUCGCUGCGUCUUUGCCAAAUUCAGCCAGCGACGCCAGAUGAGGAGGGAAAUGGUGCUUAGACAAGAGGAGAAUCACGGCCGGGAAGCGCCGAGGUGGCCGCUGUGGUGGGUGAUGGACGAGCCGGGACCGGAAUACAGCGAGCAACAGAGCCCUCCCCCAUCCUAUGAAGACGCGAUGGCACGGGCCAAACUACUUGCCCCCGCCCCCACAGCUACCGCCGUUUCUCCACCUGCAGAAGCGACUACCGUACCCCCAUAUGAGGUGCUGGCCACCCGUCGCGAUUCCACAAAGUCGAACGAGUUUCCAGGGAAACGGCCAUGCGUACAUGUC